AAAAUUUAUUCUUUUUCUUUGGUAGGUUUUAUAAAAUUCAAUAAAUUGAAAAUCGCGUUGUUUGCACCUUAGCCUACAAAACUCAAUCAACACCUUACUUCAUAAGCUUCUAUGCACACAUACAUACAUAUAUUAAUUAAGAAAAUUCAAUUAUGAUGUCUAUGGAUUUUAUUACAAGUACGUCUUUGAACACCUUCUAGUUACGACCCAGUAUGAGGGAUCUUCUAACAAUUUUUCAUUUCCCCAUUGCGACUCUUGUGGCUCUUACGCUACUAAAAACUACACAGCGCUUUUAUUUUCAAUUCAUCAAUAAUAAGUACAAAUAGAAAAGGCAAACAUUACACAUAGUAUAGUAUACAAUUCGCACUGAAAUCGCUUAAUUUGAGCUUGUUCUAGUGAAGCUAUAACCCAGUCACAAAAUUUUGAUCACACACGACGCGUCCAUAUACUAUUUAGUUUUGUUCAUACAUAACCUGUAUUAAAUUGUAGUUUCUGUUUCAGUCAUGGGAGAGUACGCUAUGUGAAAGAAUAGCGGUUAGUCAGUUGACGUUUGCGAAUAUUUGUUUCGACGUUUCUAAAAUCUUACGCGACAGUUUUAUGGAAUGGACUUUCAUGAACUUGCCCUGUUGAAUUGAACAACAAACAAGUUGAUUAGUAUUUCACUGAACCUGUCGGUUAAAAGUGCCAUGUAUACGCGUUCAAUGCCAAGACAACGAGCGAUUCCUGUCUUUGAUACUGAAAGUUGCAACCAUUCUUAUGUUAAGCAGAAACGUAUUUUGGAACUUAACGAUAUCGACAGUUCCUUUGGUAUGCAGUUUAACAACAUUCUCGUAAGGUUCAGUGCGAGAAUUUAACGGGAUAUUUUUGGUUUCGUUAUCUAGUUAACGAUGUUGAACACGAUAAAUAAGCACAGUAUAAAGCGUAUUUCAGAUGUUAAGUGACGACGUCACCUUCGAUUCAUUUCAGGAAGCGUGCCACAUUCCCUGCUGGCACUAGAAGCUGGGAACAAAGAAUGCGGACGAGUACCAGCAUUGAAACAGAUGCUAAGCGUCAAUUGUGAAUGCAUACAUUGAUGUUUUUAUACAUAGUUUUUACAAGGAAAAUCAACAGAUAUGAUUAGCUGUAUAGAAUGGAUGAUUCGAAUGCGGACUGAUUAUAAAGAAAAGUGGCGUCACCGUAUAUAUAUAGGCAUUGAUCCCUCUUUAUCGUGAAACGAACCACAUCCUUUUCUUAUAAUGCAGAUUUUUGUCAAGACUUUAACCGGUAAGACCAUUACCUUGGAGGUUGAAUCUUCCGAUACUAUUGAUAAUGUCAAGAGCAAAAUCCAAGACAAAGAAGGAAUUCCUCCUGACCAACAGCGUCUAAUUUUUGCUGGUAAGCAAUUGGAAGAUGGACGUACUCUUUCUGACUACAACAUCCAAAAGGAGUCUACUCUUCACUUGGUGCUCCGUCUCCGUGGUGGUAUGCAGAUUUUUGUCAAGACCUUAACUGGUAAGACCAUUACAUUGGAGGUUGAGUCUUCCGAUACUAUUGAUAAUGUCAAGAGCAAAAUCCAAGACAAAGAAGGAAUUCCUCCUGACCAACAGCGUCUAAUUUUUGCUGGUAAGCAAUUGGAAGAUGGACGUACUCUUUCUGACUACAACAUCCAAAAGGAGUCUACUCUUCACUUGGUGCUCCGUCUCCGUGGUGGUAUGCAGAUUUUUGUCAAGACCUUAACUGGUAAGACCAUUACAUUGGAGGUUGAGUCUUCCGAUACUAUUGAUAAUGUCAAGAGCAAAAUCCAAGACAAAGAAGGAAUUCCUCCUGACCAGCAGCGUCUAAUUUUUGCUGGUAAGCAAUUGGAAGAUGGACGUACUCUUUCUGACUACAACAUCCAAAAGGAAUCUACGCUUCACUUGGUGCUCCGUCUUCGUGGUGGGUGUCUAUAAACUGAUUGUGUUUCUGGUAACGCUUGCUUUUCGAUUAGUUUUUUGACAAAGUAGUUGAUUAAAUGGUAUCUUUUUCAUGACUUUUCAGAUGCUUAAAAU